GACCGCCCGCGCCCCUCGCCUUGCUGCUCUGAGCCGGCCGCCCCUCGCCCCCCAAGAUGUGGCACAACGUCGGGCUGACCCUGCUGGUGUUCGUGGCCACGCUGCUGAUCGUCCUGCUGCUGAUGGUGUGCGGUUGGUAUUUUGUAUGGCACCUUUUUUUAUCAAAAUUCAAGUUUCUGCGGGAACUGGUGGGAGACACAGGAUCCCAGGAAGGAGAUCAUGAGCCUUCAGGGUCUGAAGCAGAAGAGGAUACUUCAUUGUCUCCACACAGGAUCAGAUCUGCUCGCCAAAGGAGGGCACCUGCUGAUGAAGGCCACUGACCCCAACUGUCAUCCUGUGUUAGUGAAAGAUGAAGGGCAGUCUGGAGCCUCUGUCUUUAAUGACUUGGUUUUGCAAUUGCUAAAAUAUUGAAGAACAUUUGUUAUUGGAUUUCAAGUCCAAUUGAGAAAAAAAAGAUUUACAUGUAAGCCAUAUGAAAAUAAAGGGAAUUAAAACCAAAUCGGAUGUUACAAAUUUCAUCUUAAAGAUUAUCUUUUGCUUUACUAGCUUUUACUUAUAUACAAUGGCUCUUGGGUUUAUUUUUCUUUUUGCACUUGUGUGAAUCUGUUAAACAUUACAGGCUUGAAAAGUAUAUUUUUUAGUUCUAUAAUGUACUUUCUCCCCCACACACAUUGAAAUUGGGAUGUAACUCACCAUUAUUGUCACCCAGGUGAUAGUCGAUGUAAUUAUCUUAGCUUGUGUGUGUGUGUGGACUUACAGCUUGUCAUAGCAUCAUCACUGUGUUGUUGAUAUCAAAUGUGUCAGAUUUAAUUGGCAUUUUAAAAUGUCUUCUAAAAGACUACACUUUGAUUCAACACCGAAAUGAAAAGUUAUUGUGUAUGCAGAAAAGCAUGGAAACAGAGCAGUGAAGCAAAUAUCUGUUGCUGAAGGAAUGACCCCAAUUUCGUAUUUUAUUGUAAAGCAGCAACAGAGUGCUCUUUCUAGGCCCUAAGAAGGGAAGAUACCCACAAGUAGAUAAAGCUGUACUACAUUUUGUCACUGAGACAUAAGCAAAAGAAUUGCCUAUCACACGCCGAGUGAAGCAGUUGAAGUUGGGAGAAAUUGCCAAGACCCUUGGAAUAGAUGAAACACAAUUCAAAGCAAUGAGUGCAAUCAAUUCGUGUGUUGAGGACUGUCGUCAAGGUGUCAAACACUGUUUCAUCCAAAGGUUCCUUCUGACAUUAAGCAAUGGUAGAACACUCUUUCGAGAAAUGGUGUAUCACCAGUGCUCUUGGCAUCCAGGGUGGGGUUGUGGGGAGGAAUGCAGGUAUUGAUGACUGAUUCAUGAAGGGAUUCAGCAGAGCUGGGUCUCGUAAUGGGAAGUUAGAGUUAUAACUUCAGCAGUUGAUUUCACAACACUUUAUGUAUGCACAAGACUGACGUGAUAAAAAGUCUGUUUAACUCUGAAAAGCUCUUUCAAUAAAUACAAACAUUCUAUUAUACAUGAUAUGAAAGCAUUAUGUCAUAGUUUAAUUGCCUGUGUUUUUUCUUAGUGAUACAUAUGUAUCUCAGAUUGAUUAAAAAGUAGUUUAUAAAUUUAUUUUUUCCUAGAAUAGCAAUUAUUGCUAACUUAAUUCUGAUUCUUAUAAUGUUGUUAAAAUAGUUACUCUUCAUGAGACACUUUUUUUUUUUGGCAGCCUACUUAAGACUUUAAUAACUUAGGAAUCUAAGAACUUCUAUAUUAGGAAGAGUAGGAUUAGUUACUCCUUUUGUAUGGGAGGACUUCAUACUCAAGGCAGGUGUGGAGAAAAUACUUCCUCACAAACAGCAAUUCAGUGACAAGAUCUCAGGGAAACCGGGUGUUGAGAAAAAUAGAGUGGGUGAAAAUGCCUGCUUCACUGUAAAAUGACUCUUGCCAGGUUCCCAUGUUUGUCUUCACUGAACUUUGGACUGAGUAUUUACUGGAGAAGAGAUAUGGAUUAAAGACCCUUCCUGUUUAGUGUUACCUGCUUUGUACAAGAGCGAAUUGCAAAGCCAGCUUAUUUUAUUCAUUCAAGUUCUUUUUAUGUUUUUAAACUUUGUUUCUAAAGAACUAGUCAUCACAGAGUAUCACCUUUACUAUGGUGUGUAAUUGUGUUUGGUACCUCAAACUUCAUGGUGAUAGUUUUGUUUGUUACUCAUUAGCAGUUCACUUGCUCUGCCCCAAGUGGUACUUGUGAUGCACGCUUCUACUGUUAUUGUAGCCUUUUGUGUGUACAAAAGGGGACUUUAUAGAGCAUAACUUUACUUUUCAAUAUUUGCUACAGAAGAUCCCCAGCAGCUGAGAAUGGGGCAUAAUCUUUCUGUCUUCAUUUCCUUAUUGGAUGUAAUUUUCUAUUCUUGUGUGACUUGUAGGGAUUAAAAAAACAAUGACACAAAUUUCAAGCAUUAAUUUUAGUGCUUCCUACUAGCUAAAUAUCACAUUAAAAUGAUCAUCAUUUAGGGGGGGAAAAGAGCCUAAAAAGCUUCUUGGUACUGGGAGGAUUAAAUUAGAUCUUUCAUUGUCUAGUAUUUUGAACUGUGGAUUCUAUUUAUAAUGGAUAUCUUAGGUUUAGAUAACAAUAGUUGCUGACAAAUUUUGGUAGCUGGAGAGCUUCCAUAUUGUAUCAGUAUUAAAGAAUGAUGGGCGAUGUAACCCCCCAAAAACCUAUAAGCGCCAUCCACAAAUUACAUUAAUCCAUGUAAAGGUGCAUGUGCUCAUAUUAUUUAUUAAUAUUUAUGCUUCGAGGAUGUCUUUUCAAAUGGAAUUUUAAAGAUGUUCUGCUUUACUUAUUUGGGUAACAUACUCAAAAGCAUAUUAAUAGCUCAUACCCUACCAUCUUUUAACUCAGGAGAGUUAAAAGAAAUCACUGAUGCCAAUAUGAAAAUUCUAUAAACUAAUUCCUUUGUUUAAAACUUUUUUCUUACUCUGUACUCCUCCCAAGAUGCACACCAUAGUACAUAUUUCAAAGGCAAGAGAAAUAGUUGUUAACACAGAAUUAUUUGUGUGAUAUAGUGUUUCGAUGUCUUUUGUUUUUGUUUUGUUUUAGAGCUUUUGUAACUGAACUUAACAUCAUUAAAGGCAUUUUAAGUUUCUCAGUAGAAGAUGGACUAGCCUGUGGUUAAUUUAAAACUUUAUAAGGCUCUGAGCAUUAAAAACACAUGUAAGUAUGAGUCGUGUCCAAAUGCUCAUUAACAAUGAUGUUCAAGUGUGCCAUUUUUGAGGAAUAAUUCUAAAAUUGAGGACUGGUAGGUUGUUUCAUUUCCUUCGUGACUAACCAUUCCUAAGUCUUUCUCUUUGCCUCUGAAACUCUUGUGAAAAUUGCCAUUAUCAAAUGUGUUGGUAGCAUUACUCUGAUUUAAAUGCCAAAAAAACACAACACUAAAUAUUUGUGUAGCACUGUUAUAUGAGGUUUUUAAUAUUUACAUCAAGUUAAAAAUAGAAUUCAUCCAGUGGAUUUUGUAGCAUUGUUUUCAUGGUGGAAACAAGUAUGCUAUUUGGUGAAUAGCCAAUUCACAGGUGUGCUGACCCAUUUCUUUAGAUAUUAUUAGGUGAAAUAAUAGCUUCAAACUGUUAUUUUGUUGCAAGUUGGAAAAUAUUAAAUAAUGGUUUCAAAAAUAUGACAUUUUAAAUGGAAAUGUGUUAAGUGAUUUGAAAGUAGUGUUUUUUUACUUUUAAGCAACAUUUUUUAAAAUUAUUUUAAGUCAACAAUACAGUAUUUUUUGAAGUCAGUUUUUCUGAAAAGUUUUGUUUUAAUGUGAUGUGUAACCAAUGUAACUUUAGAUUUUAACUAAUAAAAUUUUAUAUUUGAAGUUGACUUUAAAAAGCCAUGAAUAGUACUCAAAGGUUACAGACUGAAGCAGCUAAUGGAAUAGUAUUUUGUUAUGGUGUCUAGAAUUAAAGCACCUUGUAUUAUCUGCAUCUGAAGUAUCUUAUAGCUUUUAACUUAAAGCAUAAAGAGUAACAUUUUAAUAGAAGUUACAUUUUCCAUUUGUUAAUGUGUGCUGCCUGUUUUAUGACCAAUGUUUAACAUGACCCUCCAAGUUAGUUCUAUGCAUAACCACUCACCAAAUACUGCUGCUGUGGUUUCUAAAGGAAACAUUCUGUGCUGUGCUAUGAUGCAUUGUCAUCUUGCUGCUUGAUAAAUAGGUUUAUAAGGAAUUAAAAUUGUGUAUGUUAAUAGUAUCUUUGUAUAAUAAGAUGUAAAAUUAGAGAUGAGGAAUGUGUGUAAGUGAUCAUUCAUUGUUUUUGUUUUAAAUCUGGUCAAUACUAUAUCUAAACUUUCUGUGGUUUGUUUAUAUGAUGUUUUAACUUUUACUUUAAACUGCACAGAAUAAAUUAACAUGAAAACAUA